AGGUAUUAGGCUAUCCCUAGCUCGUGGUAACUUGUACUCAUGUUAUUUUUCAUUGAGCAAAUAUACAUAUUUUGAUUAUAUUAUUAUACUUUUUUAGUCCACGGAAGAUGUGACGAAAACACGGGAAAACACUAGGCGGAAUGUAACUGACCAAGAUGCAUGUUCCAUUACGGAUUUAAUUGUCGCUACACCUAUCUCGCGGCAUGUUUUUCAAAACGGCGUAGCUCGGUUAGUUCGUAGAUAAUGAUAUGUUUGUAUCACAUUGUCACACUCAAGCUUCUAUCGGUUACAUCUUUAAAGUAAAAGGAAUCUUCUGAUAUUGUUGUCUACCACAAUGGAGAGUGAUAUUUUAGAUGCGCUGGAACAAGUUGGGUAUGAAGGACCUCUGCAGACUGAGGAGAGGCUUGUCAGAGCAUGUGAAGGUGGACUUUUAUCAAAGGAGUAUGUCAACCUAUGCAUGUGGUUAGCAUCCCGUCUGAAACCAUUAUGUGAUCUGGAAGAGAGCAUUUCUUCAGGUUCAGGUGACACUGAUGGCCUUCAGUUUGAGAUGAGUGGCAUGCUGAAGGAGUUGCAGUGCCCUUAUCAAGGCCUUGUUUCCGGGAUUAUACAGGAAGGGCUGCAGAAUAAGAAAGACUAUCUAAAGCUAGUAUUGUUUUUAUGCUCUGAGCUACAAGCUGCACAGAUAGUAAAGAGACGACCUUCUAAGGACAAAGAACACAAAGACCGAAACGAUCUCCAGGCAAUCUGUGAAACACUGAUGCUCCCAGAGCUAAGAGAGCAGGGAGUAGCAGAGCUGUUCUCUGGGAUAGGGAAAAAGAUAAACGCAGUGCUUCAAGAGCUUCCAAAGGAUCACAUUGGAAAGCCUGUUCUGAAGAACUCUCUCGACAGUGAACAGUGGGAGCGGCUGGAGCAGAUCAACAUGGUCCUGUCCUCAGAGUAUGAGUGCCGACGGAGGAUGCUGAUCAAACGUCUUGACGUCACUGUGCAGUCUUUCGGCUGGUCAGAGAGAGCCAAGGAGAGAGUUGAUAGCAUGGCCAGGGCCUACCAGCCUAAGAGACACACCCUGGCCCAGAGUUCAUCUGUAGGCAUGGCUCACCUGCUGGCAGCCAGGGAGGACAUAUGCAACGUGGUGAAGACCAGCAGUGGCUCCAGCAGAGAGAAUACUGCCUGUGCUGUCAAUAAGAUCCUGAUGGGUAGGGUGCCAGAUAGAGGUGGCCGGCCCUCUGAGAUAGACGCCCCUCUCCCUGAGAUGCCAGCCUGGCAGAAGAGACAAGACGGUGGAGGGGGUUGGGGCAGUCGAGGAGGUGGUGGUUGGGGAGGGGGUAAGAGUGGCUGGCGAGGUGGUGGAGCUGGUUGGGGUCAUGGAGGAAAGAGAGGACGUUAUCAAUACUAACUUACCAGUUUUUUUUAAAACUGAAAUGCCAGACAGUGUUCAAUAGGUGAACUGAAACCUACUCAUGGUUAUAUGCGUAUAUUUGAGUUCAUUUUCAGAGUUCUUAUGAACUGUGUUGCUGUGGAGAGUUGUAGAAGCAAUACCGACAGUAAGUCAAACUCAAUGACCAUUUUUAUAUAGUUUUAUGUAUUUUCUGAUUGUAUGUUUGUAGUUUUAUCAAAUUAACUAUUCGGAAAUUUGAAUUAUGGUAAUUAACUUUUUGAUUUGAAGACUUAAUCCGAUUGACUUGAAUAAUAAAAUGCUUUCUUCAGAUUUAAA